AUGGCUGGGGAUGGAGCUUGUGGUAAGAUGUGCUUGCUCACUGUCUUCUGCAAGGAUCAGUGCCCAGAGGUUUAUGUGCCCACUGCGUUUGAAAACUAUGUGGCAGAUAGUGAAGUGGAUGGGAAGCAGAAAACAUCCCAGAAAGAAGGACUCCAGAAGUCAAGCACUUCUGUCCAAAUGUGCCCAUUAUUCUAG